ACCUCGCGUUGUCAUUGCGAGGAGAGAUCUGUCCAUGGGUCUCCCCACCCACCUGAUCCCAGCUCUGGUCUGCUUACUAGCCUGUAGCAGCAACUUCGUCCACGGACGCAAGCCCAACCUCACCUUAGAAGAGACCAUCAAGACGCUGAACAUCCUCACAGCGAGAAAGGACCCACGGUGCAUGGAGCUGCCCGUAGCCGACGUCUUGGCUGCCCCAAAGAACACAACCGAGCGGGAGACCUUCUGCAGGGCGGCGACGGCGCUGCGGCAGCUGUACAGGCACCACAAGUGCGCAUCCAGGAGGUUCCUGAGCAGACUCGACAGGAGUCUCAGCGGCCUGGCCGGCCAGAACACGUGUCCCACAGACGGAGUCAGGAAGAGUGCACUGAAGGACUUCCUGGAGAGGCUAAGGAGGAUCAUGCAAGAGAAAUACGCCAGGGGUUGA